AUGCUGGCUGCGACCCGACGAAGCGGCCGGGGAGCCCGGCGCCUGCUGCCCUGGCUCCUGCUGCUGGCAGCCUGGCGGGCGGGCAGCGCCCAGCUGCGCUACUCGGUCCCCGAGGAGGCCCAGCACGGCACGUUCGUGGGCCGCCUGGCGCAGGACCUGGGGCUGCCGCUGGCCGAGCUGGUGCCGCGCCUGUUCCGGGUGGCGUCCCGGGCCGGCGGGGACCUGCUGGAGGUGAACGUGCAGAACGGCAUCCUGUUCGUGAACGCGCGGAUGGACCGCGAGGCGCUGUGCGGGCGGAGCGCGGAGUGCAGCGUGCACCUGGAGGUGGUGGUGGAGCGGCCGCUGCAGGUGUUCCACGUGGAGGUGGAGGUGAGGGACAUCAACGACAACCCACCCGUGUUCCCGGCGACAAGGAAGAAUCUGUUCAUUUCUGAAGCGAGGGCUCUUGACUCUCACUUUUCGCUAGAGGGAGCCUCGGACGCAGACGUCGGCAGCAACGCGCAGCUGACUUACACGCUGAGCCCCAGUGAGUAUUUCUCGCUGGAUGUGCCGACCAGUACGGAACAGGUAAAUCCUGUCAAACUGGUAUUAAAAAAGUCUUUAGAUAGAGAAGUGACUUCAGAGCUGCUGCUGGUGCUCAGGGCAACGGACGGGGGCAAGCCUGAGCUGACGGGCAGCGUGGAGUUGCGCAUCACGGUGUUGGACGCCAACGACAACGCCCCCGUGUUUGACAAAUCACUCUACCGCGUGAAGUUGCCGGAGAACUCCUCCAACGGAACCCUGGUGAUCAGCCUGAACGCCUCCGACCCGGAUGAAGGUUCCAAUGGUCACGUUCUGUAUUCUUUCACCACCGAGGUCUCGCCUCGUUUAGAAGCCUAUUUUCACAUAGAUUCGGUCAGUGGAGACAUAAAAGUAAAUGGGAAGAUAGAUUUUGAAGAAACCCAGUUAUGGAAGAUCCAAAUAGAAGCGGUUGACAAAGGCAAUCCCCCGAUGUUUGGUCACUGUACCGUCUUGAUAGAAGUCGUGGACGUCAACGAUAACGCUCCGGAGUUAGUGGUGACCUCCAUAUCACUGCCGGUCCCGGAGGACGCUCCGGUGGGCACGGUGGUCGCCCUGGUCAGCGUGUCCGACCGCGACUCGGGCGCCAACGGGCAGGUGAGCUGUGCCCUGACGCCCGACGUGCCCUUCCGGCUGCUGUCGACCUUCAGGAACUACUACUCGCUGGUGCUGGAGAGCGGGCUGGACCGCGAGCUGGUGUCGGGCUACGGCGUGGUGGUGACGGCGCGCGACGCGGGCUCGCCGGCGCUGCGGGCGUCGGCCAGCGUGUGGGUGGAGGUGGCGGACGUGAACGACAACGCGCCCGCGUUCGCGCAGGCCGAGUACACGGUGUUCGUGAGGGAGAACAACGCGCCGGGCUGCCACCUGGUGACGGUGUCGGCGCGCGACGCGGACGCGCGGGAGAACGCGCGCGUGUCGUACUCGCUGGUGGAGCGGCGCGUGGGCGAGCGCCUGCUGUCGAGCUACGUGUCGGUGCACGCGGAGAGCGGGCGCGUGCACGCGCUGCAGCCGCUGGACCGCGAGGAGCUGGAGCUGCUGCGCUUCGAGGUGAGCGCGCGCGACGCGGGCGUGCCGGCGCUGGGCAGCAACGUGACGCUGCAGGUGUUCGUGCUGGACGAGAACGACCACGCGCCGUGGGUGCUGCCGCGGGGCGCGGGCGGGCCGGCGAGCGAGGCGGUGCCGGUGUGGGUGUCGCGGUCGGCGGGCGCGGGCCACGUGGUGGCGAAGGUGCGCGCGGUGGACGCGGACGCCGGCUACAACGCGUGGCUGUCGUACGAGCUGCAGGCGGCGCCCAAUGCGAAUGCGAAUGCGGCUGGGGCGGCGUCGGCUGCGGCGGGCGGGGCGCGGCUCCCGUUCCGCGUGGGGCUGUACACGGGCGAGAUCAGCACGACGCGCAGCCUGGACGAGGCGGACUUGGCGCGCCAGCGGCUGCUGGUGCUGGUGAAGGACCACGGCGAGCCCGCGCUGACGGCCACGGCCACGGUGCUGCUGUCGCUGGUGGACAGCGGGCAAGCGGCGGCGGCGGCGGCGUCCUCGUCGCGGGCGGGUGCGGCGGCGGCGGCGGCGGGCGGCGCGGCGGCGCUGCUGGACGUGAACGCGUCCCUUAUCGUGGCCAUCUGCGCCGUGAGCAGCCUGCUGGUGCUGACGCUGGUGGUGUGGACGGCGCUGUGGUGCUGGGUGCCGGCCGCGGAGGGCGCGUGCGGGCCGGGGCAGCCGGCGCUGGUGUGCGCGAGCGCGGUGGGGAGCUGGUCGUGCUCGCAGCGGAGGCGGCAGCGGGUGAGCGGCGACGAGGGCGUGCCCAAGGCCGACCUCAUGGCCUUCAGCCCCAGUGUUCCUCCUGAAUCCAGUUCUGCGGACAGUGGAGUCCAACAGGAGAUUUUCGGGAAUGUGGUAGAUGAAAAGACAGCUAAAACAUAG